GGGUGUGUGUGUGUGUGUGUCUCCUCCUCGUUUAGCACUAAUCCUCAUUUCAAUCAGCUCAGCCAUCCAUGCAAGAAGUCACGCUACAGUUUCUUUGAUCCGGAUUGUUUCCUCCAGCCAUGAUUCGGGUUUCUGCACCGAUGUUUGUGCUGCUGCUGUUUGUGCUGCAGGCUGUCGCUGUGCUGAUGGCCAACUCUGAACACAGUUCACCUAAAAAGCGAAGAAUGUGCAUUUUCCCUACGAUGGUGAUGGAAAAUAGAGAUUACACUAAUUUAGACUACAUUACCAAAGUUUACUCAGAAUAUGAAAAUGUUACCUACUCCCUGACAGGUGUUGGGGCAGACAAGUACCCCUUCAAUGUGUUUGUGAGCAACCCUCAUACUGGAGACAUACGUUUGACCCAAGUUCUCGACAGGGAAUUCAUCGACUAUUAUUCUCUAACGCUUGUAAUUAAGUUUGCUAAUGGCACGAUUACAGAAGAAAGGGAUUGGUACCGUUACCGGAUUAUAGAUGAGAAUGACAACGCUCCAGUGUUUGGGCAAAUAAACCCUGGUGAAGUUGAUGAGCUCAGUCCUGCAGGUAGUUUUGUGAUGAAAGUAACAGCAACUGAUGCUGAUGAACCAUGGAAUUUAAAUUCUAUGAUUUCCUACACCAUCAUAAAUCUGAAUCCACCUGAUGAUAUGUUUUACAUUAACAGAGAUGAUGGUUCCAUCUUUGUUAAAAAGCCUCUUCUGGAGAGAGAGAAAUGUGGUCAGUACAAUCUGACUGUAAGAGGCCAAGACCUAAAAGGUUUUCCAGAAGGAAACACUGGAACAGGCAAUGUUACUAUAAACAUCCGUGAUGUGAACAACAACCUCCCCACACUGGAAAAAGAGCAGUAUGAAGGAAGCAUUGAGGAGAACAUACAAGGUGUGGAGGUGAUGAGGAUCCAAGCAGAGGACCUAGAUCUGAAGGCCACAGACAACUGGGAAGCUGUCUUUAAUAUUGUCAGAGGCAAUGAAGGCGGGUAUUUCAGCAUUAAAACAGACCCCAACACCAACGAGGGCAUCUUAAUGCUUGAUGAGCCUGUGGAUUAUGAGAAUGUGAAGAACUUUGUAUUGGGGUUAACUGUAAGGAACAAGGCCCCACCUUUUUCUGGAGGAUCAUCAUGGCAAUGGGGGGGAGAAUAUAAAAUCUAUCCCAUCAAAAUCAAUGUAAAGAAUCAGCCCGAGGGGCCACAUUUUGAUCCCAAAGUCAAAGCUAUAGCCAUCUUCAAAAAAGACAACUCCUUCAACAUUACAGAUGUUGUUGCUAGCAAUCCUGCAAUAGAUCAAGAUACUGGAGAACUGGCUGAGAAUGUCAGGUAUGCCAAAGGCUCAGACCCAGAUAACUGGUUGACUAUUGACCCAGAGACAGCUGAGAUCAAACUCAACAGGAUACCUGACAGGGAGUCUCCAUACCUGGUCAAUGGGACAUAUUUUGCUAAAAUACUCUGCAUUACAAAAGACACACCUGCUAAAACAGCUACUGGUACCAUAGCCAUCCGGUUGGACAAUUUUAAUGACCACUGCCCUAUCGUGACCAGUGACAUCAAGACUAUGUGCACCACUGAGAAUUCUGUUAUUGUGAAUGCUAACAAUGAGGAUGCAUAUCCUAAUGGACCUCCUUUUAAGUUUGAGAUUAUCCCAGAAAAUACUAAAGGAAAAUGGCACAUGGAGAAUCUAAAUGAUACUGCAGCUAUCUUGCAGGCUCAGGACUCCAUGUGGCCGGGUAUCUAUGAGGUGGAACUGGUGAUUAAAGAUCAGCAGGGAAAGGCCUGCCCAGAACCACAGAGAGUCUGGGUUCGAGUAUGCACGUGUGAGGAUGGAGUCGUGUGUGGAAAAUGGGAUGGCAAUAAUCAGCCAGUCAAAAGAGUGCAAUUAGGACCUGCAAGUAUUGGGAUAAUGGUGGUGCUGCCACUGCUGUGUUUUUUUCUGUUUCUGAUCUUCUGCCACUAUAAAAAAGCACUGAGAGAUUUGUCCCCUGCAAAUAUGGUCAGGUUUAAAAAUCCUUCAGCAACAGCCCCAGAAUACACCACCCUUGCUGUGGCUACAGAAAGUCUGAAUUCUGGGACAGUAUUACACUCAGGUGAUUGGCAAAGGCUCAACUGAUGUCCAAUGGAAGGAACUACGCGAAGGACAAUUUGUUAGUUAUUGUAUUGAGGACUCAGGUUACUCUGCUGACUCUUUGCCUUUUGGAGUCAGACCGUUACCUUUAGUUUCUCAAAGACCUCAGACCAACGUUCAAGAUUCUUGCAGGGUUGUACAGGAGCAAAAUAAAUAAAUAAAUAAAUAAAUAAAAGUACAAAUACAUUAAAUAAAUAAAUAAAUAAAUAACCCUUCUAAUAGCAAAUUAAUGGUGCAUUCUGCCAUGACCCCUUGGUUUGGUGUUUGAUUCCUGUUAUGAAUUCUUCCUUAAUAUUUUUAGCCUAGAUUCCUGUUUACAAACUUUUCUGUUUUGCUGUUUUACAGUUUAAAAAGUUAUUUUUAAAGUUUAAUGCUGUUAAAGUUUUGGUUUUUAUCCAUUGUGUUUUGGGAUCCUUGAUUUUAUGGUUUCAUUAUUCUUAUAGAUUAUGAGUCUUAGUUUUGGUAAUAUUGAGGUGCUUAUUAUUUUUACUUGGUGAUUUCCAAUGAUAACUUUUAAUUUAGUGUCACCCUGAUUGUCCUGUUCUUUGCACCUGUCUGGCUCCUCGUGUUUCCUUUUUCAGUACUGUAAACCUUUCAUAACUUUGCACUUCUGUUACCUUAUUUACUUUUUGGAACUUAUUAUUCACAGUUAAAGCUUGCUUUUCCAUUUAAUCCCCUGCCUUCCAUUUUCCUGUGCACAAAACAGUAUAGUAAUGCCUCUAUCAAUGAUCAGACCUUAGCUGCGGUAAAGCAAAGUAUGAUAACCAUGAGGGAAGGGAUGACCACUAUGAAUUCAAGAUAGGCAAAUUAGGCCACAUGGUCCUGGUAAAGGAGUAGAAGCCUGUCAUCUACAGCACUGCCGUGCAGCAAAUGCACUGCUUUGUCCAGCUAGAGGUAUAGAACACUCUACAGUUGGUUAAAGCACCAGCCAUUUGUAUCCCUGCAGUUUCAUUGAAAAUGCUGAAGGAUAGUCAGUAUUCCUUGUUCAGAGAGGUACAAUCCAUAGGGCUUUCGGGAUCGAGGCCUGAUUACGCUCUACAGGUCUAAAAUUAUAAUGACUAAUAAAUUUGAUAUUAAAUAUAGUUGGUCUGUAGGGGUUUGGAUACAUGCUGCCACAACAGCUUGAAAACAAGAGGUCUCAAGUGUUCAAGUGAGCUGAGAACCUUUUGUUUGAGCACUCAGAAACUAUUCAGUCACUCCCGAUUUCGUAUGGAUGGCCACUUUCUUCAGGAUGGAAAUCAUUCAUCACAGGAUUAAAGCAAUAAUUCAGAUCAACUUACUGAUUUACAUCCUUCACUCUAAGGAGCAAAGCCAGUGGAAUAAAACCAAUGAAACUAGUCCCUCCACAGUAACAGAACCCACACCACAGGGGUUGGUGUGAUUUUUCAUUUAAUAACUCACCUCUCCCAAGUUUUACUGGGUCUGCUCUUUCCUCAUAUAUGCACUGCAUUAUGUUCAGUAAAGUGGGUAUGAUUGAUGGUUUAGAUCAAUGUAUUUAAUGAAACUUUUGUACUAUGUGUGUUUUGUACCAACAAAAGACAUUAAAAUCCACGAGUUCACGGGA